GUGCGAGGUAGUGCCGCAGUGCCGCAUGCCCGCAGCCGCUGCAUGCGUUGGUGUCGAGAGUAGUUUCUUUGCAAGAUGGCGGGUGUUUGUAUGCGAUUUGUUUCCUCAGCACCCAGGCCACUAUGGAAAUUGUCAAGGCCAUUGUCCACUUCUUCAGCAACUUUCUGCUAUAAGGAGAUGAAUCCUUCAGAUCCCAGCAUGACAUUCAAGGACAUGACAGACCGUGCUGCACAGAAAGUACUCCUUACUGAGAUCAUGAGAGGUCUGGCUGUUACAACGGGACAAAUUUUCAAGGAGCCGGCCACCAUCAAUUACCCAUUUGAAAAGGGACCCUUGAGCCCCAGGUUUCGAGGCGAGCACGCCCUCCGCCGUUACCCUUCUGGUGAAGAGCGCUGCAUCGCGUGCAAGCUGUGUGAAGCCAUCUGCCCUGCACAGGCCAUUACAAUAGAAGCAGAAGAACGAGCGGACGGAAGCAGGAGGACAACCAGAUAUGACAUUGACAUGACCAAGUGCAUCUACUGUGGGUUCUGCCAGGAAGCCUGUCCUGUUGAUGCCAUCGUUGAGGGCCCAAAUUUUGAAUACUCAACGGAGACCCACGAAGAGCUCCUGUACAACAAAGAGAAGCUGCUUAAUAACGGUGACAAGUGGGAGCCAGAAAUAGCAGCCAAUAUUCAAGCUGAUUACUUGUACAGAUAGGUACAUUGUUUCCGUGAGGAUUAAGACUGGUUUAGCCUUGUGAAUAUCGGAAAAUAAACUUAGGUACGCAGCGGCA